AUGGCUCUAGAUACUAAGGAGAUCAUCAUCAAUACCAAGUUCAACUCGGCUCGGAAAAGGCAACGAAAGCCACUAUCAGCUAUUCGAGUUGAUAAUCAUGAUUGUGGGAAGAACCCUAAUGCCAACCAGCAGAAAAAAGCCCAUCACAGAGAUAUCGAGCGUCAAAGGAGGCAAGAAACGGCUCGGCUUUAUGCUUCUCUUAGAAAUCUGCUGCCUCUUGAAUGUAAACAGAGAAAGCAUUCAGUAUCAGAUCAUGUUCUUCAGGCAGCGAACCAUAUAGAACACAUGGAGAAGAAUAUUAAAAAAUUGGAAGUAAAGAAGGAUAAGCUUCGAAACUUAACUGGUGGAUUGAUUCAUCUGGAAGUCAAAAAUGUUGAGGAAACAAAAUUAUCCUGUGUCUACACAAAAUUUAAUGAAGAAUUUCUUUACACAAUCCAAAGUGAGGCCAAUGCAGAUGUUGAUCCAAUUUGUCUGCAAGAAAAGCUGACCAAAAAGAUAAUCAUUUAG